AUGCAAGUUCUGUGUCAAAUAUCACAUUAUUUUAUUAAUUGGGAAGAAGGAAAAUAUCUUGUCUUCAAGGGACUUAAACUUGAAAAGUCACCACAUACAGGAAAUUUUGUAUAUGAAUUUAAAGUUUUCAAUUUUAGUUCUAGUUCCUUGGAUUUUGUAGGAACUGAUGGGGAAGUAAGAUAAAAGACAAAUGGGGUAGAAAGUGAGAGUAGUAUAGAAGGAGAAACUAAUUUAACAGACUAACCUAGAUGAAAAAUUUUGUCUUUUCUCUGAAAUGCUUGUUGGACUAAGGUUUUGCAAGAUAAAUACUUAUUUGUGUCUAAACAGGUUUUUACAGAUAAAUAUAAUAACUUGCUCCAUCAGAGUCUUCUGAAAUUGUUUCUCUGUGGUGUUUGGGAUGUUAUAGGAUCUAUUAGUGGAGAGAAGUGGAGUAUACUACUGUAAUAUCCUCUGAUUAAUAGGAGUGCUCUGCAAUUUUAAAAUUAUUGUUACUUUCUAGUCAUAAUCUGAUACGGUUUGUUCUUCUUUCACAAUUUACUAAAAAUUUGAGACUUAAUUGCUGUUUCUAUUCAUUUGUCAAUCCUGUCUCCAUGAAUGAUUUCUAAUUUCCUUUUAUAGUAUAGUCUCUAGUUUUGAAAGUUUGACUCUGGAGAGUUGCAGUGUACAUCAGAACAUACACUGCAUAAUUUUUCAAGUUCAACCUCUAACCAUUCUAUACAAAUGUCUGUAUUUCAGAUGGAGCAACUGUCAGAUGAAGAAAUUGACCAUGGUGCUGAAGAAGACAGUGACAAGGAAGAUCAGGACCUGGACAAAAUGUUUGGAGCCUGGCUGGGGGAGCUGGACAAACUCACUCAGAGUUUGGAUUCUGACAAGCCCACGGAACCAGUAAAAAGAUCUCCUCUGCGCCAGGAAACAAACAUGGCCAACUUUUCUUAUCGCUUCUCCAUAUACAACUUGAAUGAAGCUCUGAAUCAGGGAGAAACUGUGGAUCUGGAUGCCCUGAUGGCUGAUCUUUGCUCGAUAGAGCAGGAGCUCAGCAGUAUUGGUGCAGGAAACAGUAAACGUCAAAUCACAGAAACAAAAGCCACUCAGAAGUUACCUGCUAGCCGACAUACAUCAAAACAUGGCACCUUGAAAGGACUGUCAUCUUCGUCUAAUAGGAUAACUAAACCGUCACAUGCCAACUAUUCCCUGGAUGACAUCACUGCACAGUUAGAACAGGCCUCCUUGAGCAUGGAUGAGGCUGCCCAGCAAUCUGUACUAGAAGAUACUAAGCCCCUAGUAACGAAUCAGCACAGAAGAACGGCUUCUGCGGGCACGGUGAGUGAUGCUGAAGCACACUCUGUUAGUAACUCCUCUCGUUCCAGCAUCACUUCCGCAGCCUCCAGCAUGGACUCUUUGGAUAUCGAUAAAGUAGCACGCCCUCAAGAACUGGAUUUGACACAUCAGGGGCAGCCAAUUACUGAGGAAGAACAGGCAGCAAAAUUGAAAGCUGAGAAGAUCAGAGUUGCCCUAGAGAAAAUUAAAGAAGCACAAGUGAAAAAGCUGGUGAUUAGAGUCCACAUGUCUGAUGAUAGUUCUAAGACAAUGAUGGUGGAUGAGAGGCAGACAGUGAGACAAGUGCUGGAUAACCUGAUGGACAAAUCCCACUGUGGGUACAGUUCAGACUGGUCACUAGUGGAAACCAUCUCUGAGUUACAAAUGGAGAGAAUCUUUGAAGAUCAUGAAAACUUGGUUGAAAAUCUUCUUAAUUGGACAAGAGAUAGCCAGAACAAGCUUAUAUUUAUGGAGCGUAUAGAAAAAUACGCACUUUUCAAAAACCCACAGAAUUAUCUUCUGGGGAAAAAGGAAACAGCUGAGAUGGCAGAUAGAAACAAAGAAGUGCUGUUGGAGGAAUGUUUCUGUGGAAGCUCUGUGACUGUGCCAGAAAUUGAAGGCAUCCUGUGGCUGAAGGAUGAUGGCAGGAAGUCCUGGAAGAAGCGUUGCUUUCUCCUGCGGGCAUCUGGUAUCUACUAUGUCCCCAAAGGAAAAGCGAAGGUCUCUCGGGAGCUGGUGUGCUUUCUCCAGCUGGAUCAUGUCAACGUGUACUAUGGACAGGACUAUCGGAACAAGUAUAAAGCUCCUACAGACUAUUGCCUAGUGCUAAAGCAUCCGCAGAUCCAGAAGAAAUCUCAGUACAUCAAGUACCUUUGUUGUGACGAUGUGAGGACCCUGCACCAGUGGGUCAAUGGCAUCCGCAUCGCAAAGUACGGGAAGCAGCUCUACAUGAACUAUCAAGAAGCCUUGAAGAGGACAGAGUCGGCUUAUGAUUGGACUUCCUUAUCCAGCUCCAGCAUUAAAUCAGGAUCCAGUUCUUCCAGCAUCCCAGAGUCUCAGUCAAAUCACUCUAAUCAGUCUGAUAGUGGAGUGUCUGACACGCAGCCGGCAGGCCACGCCCGCUCCCAGAGCGUCGUGAGCUCCAUCUUCUCCGAGGCCUGGAAACGGGGCACACAGUUGGAAGAGUCCAGCAAGGCCAGAAUGGAGUCCAUGAAUCGGCCCUACACGUCACUGAUGCCCGCUUCAUCCCCGCAACCUAAGCUGGUCACCCCCUACACUGCCUCCCAGCCCUCACCGCCUCUCCCGCCGCCUCCGCCGCCGCCCCCUCCUCCCCCGCCACCGCCCCCACCACCGCCCCCUCCUCUGCCCAGCCAGUCUGCACCCUCGGCCGGCUCCGCGGCCCCCACGUUCGUCAAGUACAGCACGAUCACCAGGCUGCAGAACGCGUCUCAGCAUUCGGGGCCCCUGUUUAAGCCGCCACCGCCCUCGGUGCUGCAGCCUCUGUCCUCCGCCUCACAGUCAGGGAAGCCUCAGAUCCUGGUGCCUCCUAACGGGGUUGUGCCCCCGCCCCCGCCGCCGCCCCCGCCGCCCACUCCGGGCUCGGCCAUGGCCCAGCUGAAACCCGCGCCCUGCGCCCCGUCCCUUCCGCAGUGCGGCCCCCCUGCGCCACCACUGAAGAUUCAUCACGUUCAGCAUGUUACUCCAGCGGCUCCUCCGACAGCCCCCCCACCUCCCGUGCCUGCACCCCUCCCUCCCCAGGCCCCCCCCAAGCCCCUCGUGACCGUGCCCCUGCCAACCAGCACCAAGACUGUGCUACCCCUUGCGAUACAAGCUGUGCCACCGACACCUACUCCUCCAGUCCCCCCAGCAAAAAAGCAGCCAGCUUUUCCUGUUUCUCACAUCCCUCCCUCUCCCCCCACCCCUCCCAGUCCAGUACCCCCGCCCACGCUACCCAAGCAGCAGAGCUUCUGUGCAAAACCGCCUCCCUCCCCGCUGUCCCCGGCGCCCUCGGUCGUGAAGCAGAUAGCCAGCCAGUUCCCGGCCCCUGCGCCGGGGGAGCCGCAGGCCCUGAAGCCCACCCCAGCGGGUGCGGCGCCGCAGUCCCCUCCUGCCGUGAAGGCCAAACCCAAGUGGCAACCCAGCGCCCUCCCUGUCCCUUCUCCGGACUUCCCCCCUCCUCCUCCUGAGAGCAGCCUGGUGUUCCCUCCUCCCCCGGCCCCGGUCCCGCCGCCGCCCCCGCCGGCCACACCCGCAGCUGUUCCCGCCCCCGACAAAAGCGGGUCUCCAGGCAAAAAGGCCGCUAAGACGGCCAGCCCCGGGGCGAAGAAGCCGCCCCCGACGCCGCAGCGGAACUCCAGCAUCAAGUCCGGCGGCGGCGCCGAGCCCCCCGAGUCCAAGAGGCCCUCGGUGGACAGUCUGGUCAGCAAGUUCGCGGCGCCGGCAGUACCGUCGGGGUCUCCCGGCAAGGAGAGCCCGCCGCCUCCUGCGGCGCCCCCCAAGCCCGGGAAACUCAGUGUCUCCGGAGUGCACCUGCCGGGCGUGCUCCCGGGGGUCGUGUCCGCGAAAGCGCCGGGCCUGGACGCGCGCGGGGGGGACUCGGGGCAUGAGUUUCCCUCCCCGCCGUCCGACUCGGACUUUCCGCCCCCUCCGCCCGAGGUAGAGCUCCCGCCGCCCCCCGUGGAGAUCCCGGCCGUGUUCUCGGGAGGCGCUUCUCCCAAAGUGGCCGUGGUCACCCCGCAGCCGCAGCCGUGGGCCAAGGCGUCCGUGAAGAAGGCCCCGCCGCCCACGCGCCCCAAGCGCAACGACAGCACGCGCCUCACGCGCGCGGCGCCCCCCGAGCAGCCGGUGGCCGCCGUGCCCCCCGCGCCCACCUCGCCCAAGUCCGGCCUCGGUGUCCAGCCCGCCUUCCUGGCCGACCUCAACAGGACCCUGCAGCGGAAGUCCAUCACCCGGCACGGCUCCCUCUCCUCCGCCCGAGUGUCCAGGGCGGAGCCCACGGCCACCAUGGAUGACAUGGCGCUGCCCCCGCCGCCCCCCGAACUGCUUUCUGACCCGCAGAGAGCUGCUUACGGAGGCAGUCACAUCUCAGGCUAUGCAACCCUGCGGAGAGGGCCCCCUCCGGCACCCCCCAAAAGAGACCAGAACACCAAGCUCUCCCGAGACUGGUGAUUUUAGGACUUUAUUCCCACGCUAGCUGUCAUCAGUCCUCCAGUCAGCUCACCCGAUCAUCUGUGAAUUCAGGUGUUCAGAGCUUCCUGGUCUGACGUCGUCGUUUGGGUCGUGUCCAGCGGUGUGUGUACGUGUGCGUGUACACACAGCUAUACAUAGUGUGUGUAUGUGUAUGUAUACAUAUAUGUAUGUGUAUAUGUAUAUAUAUAUAGCUGAGAGUGAUUCUAUUUAUUCCUUUUCUCUCCUAAUCUGAAAAUGGGUUUUGUGUAUUUUGGGUGGAAGAGGCAUGGAAGGCAAUGUGUGUCCUGUCCCUUAUGAUUUCUAUUAUCUGUCAUGUGGAUUGGACCAAACACUUUUAAUGAGUUAUUUAGAAGGUAUUUUAUAAGUGUCCAUUUGCGGCCUACCUGUGCAUGUUGUGUAUUAUAUAUUAAGGAAUAGAUGUAUAAUGUGCUGAUUCUCAGUUUGAGAAGACAACCAGAAUGUUG